UACAAGUGCUUGAUGCAUAGUGUUGGUAGUUUUAUUUAUUUAGUUUUGAUCUAGAAAUCUCUAAAACCUAAAAAUGCCGAAGUAUUACUGUGACUACUGUGACACCUAUCUAACACACGAUUCCCCAAGUGUAAGGAAAACUCAUUGCACAGGACGCAAACAUAAAGACAAUGUGAAGUUUUACUACCAGAAAUGGAUGGAAGAACAAGCACAGCAUCUUAUAGACGCUACCACUGCAGCGUUUAAAGCAGGUAAAAUCGCGCAAAAUCCCUUCGGUAACAAGGGCGCAGCUAUACCGCCACCAUGGGACCCAUCAGUUAUGGGUCCGGGGGGACCAAGACCGCCUGUGCCUACUCCUGGUGGUCCACCGGGCAUGAUCCCGCCGCCGGCCAUGGGACCUGGCGGGCCGAUGGCCCCGCCUAUGAUGAUGGGUCCGCACGGUCCUAUGCCUCCAAUGAUGGGGAUGAGACCUCCUAUGAUGAUGGGAAUGGGGCCUAUGGGUCCGAUGGGACCUAUGGGACAAAUGCGGCCGCCGCUUAUGAACGGACCUCCUAUGAACAAAUAGUGAGUUGAGAAAGUGAAUGGACACUUGAGUGCAUACAUAACAUACAAUUAUCAAAAUUCUGAUAAGUUUUAGACAUAAAUAAAUAAUUUUUAUCAAGUA